AUGCGUUCUGCCGUACUUCUAGCUGCGCUUCCCGCGCUCGUGUCUGCACACGGACACGUCGAGCAGGUCAAGGCUGAUGGAGUCCUGUACCAGGGGUGGAACGCGGCAUUCCAGUACCAGAACCCUGUUCCUAAGACCGUGGGAUGGAAGGCGGAUAACCUGGACAACGGGUUUGUGAGCCCGGACGCUUUCGCUACGAGUGCGAUUGUGUGCCACAAGCAGGGAGCCAGCAACGGUGCCUACGUGAACGUCAAGGCAGGAUCUACAGCGACUUUCUACUGGGACACCUGGCCAGUCACCCAUAAGGGGCCUGUUAUUGACUACAUCGCUGCGUGCAACGGUGACUGCGGCGCCGUAGCUUCCACCUCUCUGUCGUGGACCAAGCUCGACCAGAAGGGCUGGCUCUCGGGCUCGAACCCCGGAACCUGGGCCACCGACAAUCUCAUCGCCGCAAACAACACCUGGACCAUCACCAUCCCGUCCAACCUCGCUUCCGGAAACUACGUCGUGCGCCACGAGAUCAUCGCUCUGCACGCUGCUGGUUCGACCAACGGCGCCCAGGCGUACCCUCAGUGCGUCAACUUUGCGGUCACUGGAAGCGGCAGUGCGAAGCCGCAGGGCGGAGUGCCGGCCACGAGCUUCUACAAGGCUUCUGACCCGGGAAUUUUGUUCAACUUGUACACUGCUUUCACUUCUUACACGAUCCCCGGACCUGCGCUAGGUAAGAUCGCGAAGAGGGAGCACGCGAGAGAGUUCAACUAG